GCAGAUCAACAGGUUUGUUGUUACUCGACCGGAGCUGGAUCACAAUGAUGCUCUGUAAUAUCUGCCAUGUAUCUCUUUUGCUUCUUGGACUAACGAUCAACCUUAAGGCCGAGGACGUGCUGGUGACGGUCCAACAAGGAAGCCUGCAGGGAAGUACGGCCACGAGCGUCUACAACACGUCCUACACGGCCUUUCUGGGAGUCCCGUACGCCGAGCCUCCUGUUGGAGAGCUGCGCUUCCAGGAUCCACAGCCAGCUGGUAGCUGGGAGGGCGUGCGCAACGCCACCUCAUACGGCAGCGACUGCGUGCAGAGCUCGGGUGACGGCUCCGAGGACUGCCUCUACCUGAAUGUGUUCGUGCCUGGCGUACCAGAGGAGGGUGCAGGGCUGCCCGUGCUCUUCUGGGUGCACGGCGGAGGGUUCGUCGUUGGUAGUGGCUCAGACCAGGAGCAUGGGCCCGACUUCCUUGUCUCCUACGGUGUCAUACUCGUCACCAUCAACUACCGCCUGGGGCCACUCGGCUUCCUGAGCACCGGAGAUGAGGUCGUUCCCGGCAACGCAGGUGUCAAGGAUCAGCACCUGGCGCUGACCUGGGUGAAGCAGAACAUCGCCAGCUUCGGUGGCGACCCAGACCUCGUCACCCUGCAGGGGCAGAGUGCGGGAGGCAUGGCCGUCUCAUUACAUCUCGUCUCUCCUCUCUCCUCAGGCCUGUUCUCGCGGCUGAUUAUCCAGAGCGGUAACUUCAUCGGGUCCUCAGCUCCCCUGGAAGCGGCUCGUAGGAACGCCUUCAGGCUGGGGGCUGCCCUGGGCUUCGAGACGGAUGAUUCCCAGCAGCUGGUGGACUUCCUGCGCUCUGUCAACGCUACAGACCUGCUGGUGGACAGCUCACUCAUACUGACAGACGAGGAGAAGCUGUUAUACUCGUAUGCUCUCUGGUCACCGCAUAUCGAAGCAGAGCAUGAUGGUGCUUUCAUCUCAGAACCUCCAAUCCAGCCGCUCAUCGAUGGCCGUUUCCUGCGAGUGCCCAUCAUGACAGGCGUCACUUCCGCUGAAAUUGGUUUUGGGAUACUUAACCAGCCCGAUAGGAUCAACACUCUCAACAACCAGUUUGUGGAGUCGGUCGGGCCCUGUCUGCACCUGUCAACAGUAGAGGAACAACAAGCUGCAGCAGCCAAAGUGAGAGAGUUCUACUUCGGCAACGACACUAUCUCUGCAGAUAAUCCUGACGCUCUGGUGUAUUUCAACCUCGACAAGGGAAGUUUCGAACCUACUGACGCUCUCGUAAGGAAAGUGACUGAAAUCACUGACUUGCCAGUGUUCUAUUAUGAGUUUGAUUACCGCGGUGAACAUGUGAAUGCCACAGAAUGGGGUGUCACUCACUCGGGUGAACUUCCAUUCCUAUUCUUGAGAAAGGAUACCGAGUACAAUUUGGAUCCCAACUCAGAAGAGGAUAAAGUACGCAGGAAUAUACUCCGAUACUGGACCAAUUUUGCUAAAUAUGGGACACCUACUCCAGAAGCGGACCCAGUUGUGUGGGAACCAUACAACAACUCUAACCGCAGCUACAUGCUGAUGCAGGCCAACUUUUCACUGGCCCACGACAAGGACGCAGAACGGAUGGACUUCUGGAACACCAACGUGCCGCUGCAGCCUUACGCCGAUGAACUCUAACCGCUCAGCAGGAGAUACAUAAGCAAGCCAGUGGACUGAUCAAGUGCUUCUGACAAACGCAGAUAUCUGUGGAUCAUCGAAUCGUUGCAGAUUGAGCCAACAAACAGUCUUCGAAGUGUACAGCGUGCUUAAUGAGACUUACCGCACUCCAAAAUUGCAACCCCACUCAGAGAGUUUUCUUAUUUUAAAACAACCAUUUUAAGCACAUUUAUUACUCAAAUUGGAACGCGACAUUAAAAAAGUUA